CCCCCUGCAGAUGCCUACAGGGAGACCCGUAAGUACGACGCCUCGGAUCGGGCCGCGCUGCCCAGCACGCCGGGGGCCCUGGAGCACUUCCACAUGCGGCUGUUCCGCGCCCAACGCAACCUCUACUUGGCCGGCUUUGCGCUGCUGCUCUCCUUCCUGCUGCGCCGUUUGGUCACCCUGAUCUCGCAGCAAGCGCUGCUGGGCGCCUCCAGCCAGGCGUUCCGCAAGCAGGCUGAGGGCGCGAGCCAGGCAGCGCGGCGCUACAUGGAGGACAACGAGGCGCUGCGCAAGCAACUGCAAGAGGCAGGAGACGAUUCGGCGCCGCCGAGCCGGGCUGAGAACGAGAGCCUGAAGGCAAAGGUGGAGAAGCUGAAGGAGGAGCUGGCAGCCAGCAAACGCACUCUGGAGAAGGCGGAGAAUGAAGUGCAGGCCAUGCGGCGGCAGGCGGAGGGGCUGACGAGGGAAUACGACCGGCUGCUGGAGCAGCACGCGCGGCUGCAG